CACUCUUUCUCUUCGUCGAAUUCCCGGCUAAAAAAACCGCAAAAUUUCGUUGGAUCUUCGAGAGCGUGCUUCGAAGAGCAGACAUUUUUAUUUCGGUCACUUCGAAUUUACACAAAGAGGCAGCAAUGGAUGAAGGCUGGGAUGAAUCUCCAGUAAUGGAUUAUGCUGCUGGUGUUAAAUCCAAUGAAGGCAGUGCUUUUUCAAAAGGUAGAGGUUUUGCUAUAUCCCAGGAGGCGAGUAGUGAUCCUUUCAACAACGAUACUUGGGGUGAUAAUGGAGAUUCUAAUUGGGGAGGCAAUGCUGAUGGUGGCUCGAAUCAAGACAGAGAUUAUCGUGGUGGUUCAUACAACAAUGAUGAAGGUGACAAUGAUGGUUCAUCAAACAGAGGAAGAGGUAGAGGAAGAGGCAGAGGUAGAGGCGGCGGCCGUGGAGGUAGGGGAGGCCGAGAUAAUGCAGGAUAUUCAAAUGGUGGUGGUGGUGGCGAUUACGAUGAUCAAAACGAUGAUGGUUCUAAUGAAAAACGAGAACAAAAGCCUAAGGAUAUCUAUGUCCCAGAGCAUCUAGCAGAUGACGAAUUGUUCAAUACUGGCAUAUCCUCUGGUAUCAACUUUUGCAAAUAUGAAGAUAUCAGUAUUAAUAUAACAGGGGAGGAUUAUCCGCAGGGUAUCAAUUCUUUUGAGGAAGCCGGUUUGCGCCCCAUUGUGUUAGAAAAUAUAAAAAAAUCCGGCUACAAUAAGCCGACGCCGAUCCAAAAACACUCGAUUCCGAUAAUCGCGAAAGGUCGUGAUUUGAUGUCUUGUGCCCAAACAGGUUCUGGAAAAACGGCAGCUUUCCUCUUGCCCAUCAUUAACAAGUUAUUGUCUGACAAGCCACUUGUGAUAGAAGGUGAUCAUGUUGAACCUCAGGCACUAAUUGUCUCGCCAACCAGAGAACUUGCUAUUCAGAUUUAUGAACAGGCUAGAAAAUUUGCACUGAGAAGCUUUCUCAAAAUAGUCGUCGUAUAUGGAGGAACUAGUGUCAACUAUCAACUUUCACAGAUUAUGAAGGGAUGUCACAUCUUGGUUGCCACGCCAGGCAGAUUAAGGGAUUUUGUUGAAAAGGGAAACAUUAGUUUUUCGUCUGUGGAAUGCGUUAUAUUGGAUGAAGCAGAUAGGAUGCUUGAUAUGGGUUUUAUGCCUGUUGUUGAAGAGAUACUAACUCAUCACACUAUGACGCUAAUGUUCUCGGCGACGUUCCCAGAAGAAAUUCAGCAUCUCGCUGGUAAAUUUUUGCACAACUACAUUUUUGUGACCGUCGGAAUUGUUGGCGGUGCAUGCUCGGAUGUAGAGCAAAUCUUCUUCGAAGUUGAUAAAUACCAAAAGAGGACCAAAUUGAUAGAAAUACUUAAUGAACAAGGUUCCGAUAAGAGAACGUUGGUUUUCGUGGAGACUAAACGCACCGCUGAUUUCCUGGCUUCAUUUCUGAGUGAGAAUAACAUGCCGACUACUAGUAUCCAUGGAGACCGCUUACAGAGGGAGCGCGAGAAAGCCUUAUAUGACUUCAAGACUGGUUCAAAACCAAUUUUGAUCGCUACAGGUGUUGCCGCGCGCGGUUUGGACAUCAAAAAUGUCCACCACGUGAUCAACUUUGACUUGCCCAGCAGCAUCGACGAAUACGUUCAUAGGAUUGGUAGGACGGGGCGCGUCGGAAAUAGUGGAAAAGCUACAAGCUUUUACGAGUCAGAAGUGAACGGACCCAUUGCAAGCGCAUUGGCUAGAAUACUCCAACAGGCUGGGCAGGAAAUCCCCGCUUGGCUAGGCUCCGCCUCGAUGGCAGGUGACUUUAACAAGUUUGGAGGAACCGAUGUACGAGGUGACAAUUUUGGUGCGCAGAAUUACGAUCAAAAUCCCGUGGAGGAAAUUGAAGAGGAAUGGUAAUUCCUUAUUCAUACGUUUAUCAUUUUAUAGAAUGAACUUUAUAUUUAGUUCCAAAGGCUGUUUGUUGAUUUCCUAUAUAUAUUAUAUUUUCUAUAUUGCGUUUAUUAUUCG